AUGCAAACCUCCUCUCUAGCUGCUCUUGCCCCUGGCUCAGGUACAUCCAAGGAUCCGCUGCUGAUCUCCAUGGCGGAGCCUUCAUUCAAGCAGCAAAUAUGGCGCACUGUCAGAACCCUAGCGAUGGCUUAUCUCCUUCUCCUUGGCAUCACCACGAUCAUGGAGGAACGCGGCAUCAGUCGCGGCUUAACUUCCUCCAACGUUGCUCAGGCGGUGGACAGCAGCAAAACGUUCAAGGAUGUAGUUGGUGUCGACGAAGCCAAGGCUGAACUUAUGGAAAUCGUUGACUUCUUGCGGAGUCCCGAGAAGUUUACGAGGUUAGGCGGCAAGAUGACCAAGGGUGUUCUCCUCAUGGGACCUCCCGGAACAGGCAAGACGCUGCUGGCCAAGGCAAUCGCGGGAGAGGCGGGGGUUCCCUUCUUCUACGCCUCAGGCUCCGAGUUCGAGGAGAUGUACGUCGGAGUUGGCGCUCGACGGGUCAGGGAUCUCUUCGACUCCGCCAAGCGGAAGUCUCCCUGCAUCAUCUUUAUCGACGAGAUCGACGCCAUCGGAGCGACCAGAAACCCCAAGGACCAGCAGUACAUGCGGAUGACGUUGAAUCAGCUCCUUGCUGAGAUGGACGGCUUCUCCUCCUCCGAAGGCAUUGUGGUCAUCGCUGCCACCAACUUCCCGGAGGUGCUUGAUAAGGCUCUGACUCGUCCUGGCCGCUUCGACCGUCACGUCGUCGUUCCAAACCCUGACGUGAAGGGCAGAACUCAGAUCCUUCAACUUCACCUCAAGAAUGUUCCCCUCGACUCGCACGUUGACGUCGAGAUCGUCGCUCGAGGGACCCCUGGUUUCUCUGGUGCUGACCUAGCCAACGUCGUAAACAUAGCUGCGAUCAAGGCUUCGCAAGACAACAAGACCACGGUGGGCAUGGCGGAUCUUGAGUUCGCUAAAGACAGAAUCAUGAUGGGGGCCGAGAGAAAGAGCGCUGUCAUCACCGAAGAGAGCAGGAAGCUGACAGCAUACCACGAGGGAGGGCAUGCAAUCGUAGCUUGCUUCACAGAGGGAGCUCUCCCGGUGCACAAGGCGACGGUGGUGCCCAGGGGAAUGGCACUGGGGAUGGUGACGCAGCUGCCGGACAAAGACGAGACCUCAUGGAGCAAGAAGCAGAUGAUGGCGAAGAUGGACGUGUGCAUGGGAGGGCGGGUAGCUGAGGAGCUGAUCUUCGGCCUCGACAACGUGACAAGCGGCGCUUCGUCAGACUUUGAGCAAGCGACACAGAUAGCGAUGAACAUGGUGGAACGAUGGGGCAUGAGCGACCGAUUGGGAUACGUGGCGCACAGGCAUCUCACAGGAGGAGGAAGAAACAGUUCGGAAGGGGCUUACAGGAAGGCAAUCGACGCAGAGGUGAAGAGACUCACCGACCAGGCGUAUCAGAAUGCCAAGAAGAUCCUCAAGAAGCAUGAGGAUAAGCUUCAUCUGCUCGCCAAGCAUCUGAUCGACAAGGAGACGCUCACAGGCGACGAGGUCCGCGCUCUCCUCGGACUCCCAAAUAUGUCUAGCUCGGAAUCAGCUGGAAUAGGAAGCAAGGAGGCGAAGCUCUGA